UCAAGAGGAAAAAAACAAAAUGCAGACAAUUUUUUAUAUACUGCUCCUGAUCAAUAUUGGGCGAUGCUCAGAUCAUCAGAUCUUUGACACCAAAAAUGUUGCUGUUGGGCAAAAUGUGACUCUGAAUUGUUUCCGGGAUCGUCUUUGGCAUUCAACAAACUUAUUCUGGAUCAGACUUGUUUCUCAGAGCUUUCCUGAAGUUUUAGGAUCAACAAUAUCUCAUGAUUCUCCGACUAUUGAAAACAUUCAUCACAUUACAACAAAACAAGAGCCUGGAACUUUUGUUCUACAUAUCAACAGAGCACAGUUAAGCGAUACAGCUGUUUAUUACUGCAUCAAAGAAAGUCAGCUAACCAUGACAUUUUUGAAAGGAACUUUUCUUCGAGUCAAAGGACCUGACCCAGGCAUCACUGGUGUCACUCAAGACUCUUUGUCUAAUCCCGUCCAUCCAGGAGACCCAGUGACUCUGCAGUGUUCAGUCCUCUCUAAUUCUGAGAACAGAACAUGUACAGAAGAUCACAGUGUGUACUGGUACAGAACCAAACCAGAUGAGUCUCAUCCAAGUUUAAUUUAUAGUCAAGGAAACAAUAGUUAUGACUGUGAGCGGAGUCCUGAGGCUGCCUCCACACAGAAAUGUGUCUACAGCUUCUCCAGGAACGUCAGCUCGUCUGAUACAGGAACUUAUUACUGUGCUGUGGCCACAUGUGGAGAGAUACUGUUUGGAAAUGGAACAAAACUCGAUAUUGAAGUUCCAGUUGUCCGUCAUUGGGAUUUGACCAACACCGUUGUCUUUCUGCUAUGUGUUGCUCUCAGCAUAAGCCUGUUUGUCAUAGCCUUCCUCAUUUAUACCAUCAAAGAAAAAAACAAAACCUCAGCUGCUGCUUCUCUACAAACAAAUACAGAAACAGCUGGUGCAGAACAACAAAUCCAGCAAAGACAUGAAGACUCAUUGACUUAUGGUGCACCAACUUUUACCAAGAGAAACACUCGCAAAGCAGAGAGAAGGAACACGAGAGCAACAGAGACAAUUUGUAUUUACUCUGAUGUCAGAGCUUUUGAGUAUGGAAAAAGUGAUGCUUGAGCAAAGCUUGUAUUUCAUCUCACUGGGCCAUCAGCUAAUACACUAUGUGGCAGCUAAUGUAUUAUUGUAUGUUUAAACCUGAUGUAUUUAUUUGUAAUGACUGUACAUAAAAUAUGAAUAAUCAUUUGGCUUACCUUUAGUAACUCACAAGAAUUCAAUUUGGAAGAACAAAAUCCAUCUUCACUUUGGACUGAUAUGUUAUAUUGGCAUGCCCAGACUCUUAGUGUGUUUUAAAUGCAUUCCUUUACCCUUUCUGUUUUCCUUUGUGUCCGCUGUAAUAGAAAUACAGAAAUCUACACAGAAACAUCUAAAAUACUACUUUGUUUUGUGAGUUCUUUGUAUCUUUCAGCUAUUUUUGUCAGGUGUUCUGAAAAUAAGCAGAAAAUAAACUUUGCUUUUCAUGGGGCUCUUGCA